AUAAACGCCGGCCCCACAUCAGGCACCGGGAGAAGGGAGGGAGCGAGAGAGCCGCGUGUGCGAGCCACUUCCUGAGCGCGCUCUCUCCCUUCUCUUUUGGAGCAGGAGCUCUCGGUGCCUCCUGCUGCCCCGCAAACCCUUCCCCGCCCCGCUCUCCAAACUCAACGCUCAUCUUCAGUGACGUCUCUCGGGGGGACAACUACAAAGAUUUAGCAGUAUUCCGUAAAACGAUUGGGGGCUUCCUUGUCUUUUCUGAGAAGUGGGGCCAAAGAAAGCGAGCAAGAAAGAAACUCCAACAAACUUGCUUUUCCGCUCCAUAUUAUUUAGAGCGACAGAGAUUGUGUGCGUAAACUGUUGCGAAGGGGGACCCGAACCUCCUCCACCGCACUUUUUUUUUUAUUCGCGGAGCGGAUGCCAAAGCGGUGAUCCUCUUAAUCAAAUCCUCUUUGCGCCUCGAGAUCCAGCCAAGUGCCGACAUCAGAAACUUUGGGUGCGUUUCCAGCCGCCUUCUCCAGCAGCAGCAGCAUGAAAUCAGCGGAGGAAGAACAUUAUAUCUAUGCAUCUUCAAAUAUAAGUUCGAGCUUGCCUCUAAGUGUGGCACAUCCUUCAUUGUCAACUCCAUGUCAUGGCCUUCAGAUAUCUAAUCCAGUCAUUUCGAUUGUCCCAUCAACUAAUCAUCCUUCAGGAUACGAAGGGCACGCUGACAGUGGCACCGCUGGAUAUUAUCUGUCUCCAAAUGUCAGACCUAAUGGAGUGCCAGCACUAGAAAGCCCUAGAAUUGAAAUAACCUCUUACUUGGGACUGCAUCACAACAACAACCAGUUCUUCCAUGAUGCGGAGGUUGAGGAGGCCAUCCCAAAUGCCAAGAGGUCACCUUCUACGGCCACGCUGAACUUACCAAACAUUGAGGCUUAUAGAGACCCUUCAUGCCUGAGCCCAGCAAGCAGUUUGUCUUCCAGAAGUUGCAAUUCAGAAGCAUCUUCCUAUGAAUCCAAUUACUCUUAUCCCUAUACUUCUCCCCAGACCUCUCCUUGGCAGUCACCAUGUGUAUCACCUAAGACCACUGACACCGAGGAGGGGUACCCACGAAACGUGGUAGCCUGCACAUUACUUAAUUCGCCCAGACAUUCUCCCUCUGGAUCUCCCAGAACAAGCAUUACAGAGGAAAACUGGGUGAGUAAUCGCAACUCGAGGCCAUCUUCUCCUUGUAACAAGAGAAAAUACAGUUUGAAUGGCAGACAGACUUCCUACUCGCCACACCACUCUCCAACACCCUCUCCCCAGAGCUCUCCAAGGGUUAGUGUUACUGAUGAGACAUGGCUGGGAAACACUAACCAAUACACCAGUUCUGCGAUUGUUGCAGCUAUCAAUGCUCUCACCACCGAUAGCACAAUAGACAUGAAUGAUGGGAUUCCUAUCAAAUCCAGGAAAACUGCAAUAGAUCACACCCCUUCCAUGACACUCAAGACUGAACCGAGUGGUGAUGAACAUGGGACUGUAUCACCAACGGCUGACUUAUCACCAGAAGAGUUUCCUGGAUUCCAGCACAUCAGGAAAGGAAGCUUCUGUGAUCAGUAUCUCUCAGUGCCCCAGAAUCCUUAUCAGUGGGCUAAAUCAAAACCUCUGUCUCCGACAUCAUACAUGAGUCCAUCCUUGCCUGCUCUGGAUUGGCAGUUGCCAUCUCACUCAGGACCUUAUGAACUUCGGAUUGAAGUGCAGCCCAAGUCCCACCACAGAGCCCAUUACGAAACAGAAGGGAGUCGAGGGGCUGUGAAGGCAUCUGCUGGGGGACAUCCAAUGGUGCAGCUACACGGUUACUUAGAAAGUGAACCGCUCACGCUACAGCUGUUCAUCGGGACCGCAGACGACCGCCUGCUGCGACCUCAUGCCUUCUACCAGGUUCAUCGGAUCACUGGGAAAACCGUUUCUACUACCAGCCACGAAACCAUACUUUCUAAUACCAAAGUCUUGGAAAUCCCACUUCUACCUGAAAACAACAUGAGAGCAAUCAUUGACUGCGCUGGAAUACUGAAACUCAGAAAUUCAGACAUUGAACUGCGGAAAGGGGAAACUGAUAUUGGAAGGAAGAACACUCGAGUUCGUCUUGUCUUCCGUGUUCACAUUCCCCAGCCCAAUGGGAGAACCCUUUCUCUGCAAGUAGCCUCCAACCCAAUUGAAUGCUCUCAGAGAUCUGCUCAGGAACUGCCUUUGGUGGAGAAGCAAAGUGUUGAUAGCUAUCAUGUGAUGGGCGGGAAAAAAAUGAUACUGACUGGACACAACUUUCUUCAAGACUCCAAAGUCAUUUUUGUGGAGAAAGCUCCAGAUGGUCAUCAUGUGUGGGAAAUGGAAGCCAAAACUGACAAAGAGCUGUGUAAGCCAACAUCAUUGGUGAUUGAGAUACCGCCAUUCCGCAAUCAGAGAAUUACAAGUCCUGUCCAGGUUAAUUUCUAUGUCUGCAAUGGAAAGAGAAAGAGAAGCCAGUGCCAGCUUUUCACCUACCUUCCUGCUAAUGUUCCAAUUAUAAAAACAGAACCCACUGACGACUAUGAGCCUGCUCAAACCUGUGGACCAAGGAACCAAGGAUUAAGCCCUCUCUCCAAGCCAUACUACAGCCAGCAGAUCAUGAUGCCUCCUGAUCCUGGCUCGUGCCUUGUGGCUGGCUUCACUUCCUGUCAGCCGAGAAACACUGUGAUGUCAUCGUCUCCCAGCUCAAGUCCUAAGCUGCACGAUCUUUCCACUCCUGCUUACAAGUGCAUCACCAACCCAGGCCACAGCCACCUAGGACUUCAGCAGACCGUUGGAGGGGUCCCCACCAUACAGGAAGUGUCAAGGUCUAUAGUUGUGCACCCAAGCUCUCCAGAUCAGGCAUCUCACAUCAUGCUGCAGCCGCAGGUGAGUCAACAUCUGAGCAGUAGCUGUACCCUUGGUUACCAGCAAACACUCUAUCCCAACAGUCCCUCAUCUCCAGUUCCAUCUGUAACCCAAGAGCCAACCUUUUUGCAGUCCUGCAGUCCAACUCACUCAUCCAUAAUGGGUCAGCAGCAACUGCCGAAUGUUCAAAGAAAUGAAUCUCCAGCAGAUCAGCCACUGUCGUUGCCCGAGUUGCAUGAGGACAGUAAUCAUAAUUUGGCCCCUAUUCCUGUAACGAUCAAGUGUGAACCUGAGGAAUUGGACCAGUUAUACCUGGAUGAUGUAAAUGAAAUAAUAAGGAAUGAUCUCUCCAGCACCAACGUCCAUUCGUAGCUGGCCAUCUAGAAACGCUUGCUGUUUUAAGCUUAGCUGAGACAUCGGAUUCAGAUAAACUGAAGACAAUCCCCGGUACCUCUCUGCUCUUCCAGUUUCUUGAAUGUCUGGAACUGGCCGUUACCUCUUUUGUGUGUCUAUAUAUAAUAUGUCUCAAAAGAAAUUCACUGGCUGGCUUCAACCAGGGGGGGGAAAUACCUUUUUAAAAGAAAAUCAUCUCAAGGAAAAUGGAGAAGACCAGGUGGCGCGUUUUGUGGGCUGAAAUAGGAAAAGUGACACAACGAUGACUCACCGGCUUCAGAUCUAUUCCCACCCCCUUUGGUUCUGCUAGACAACAGUCCUUGAAGUGCCUUAUUUUGUUAGCUUGUGGUAUCAGGACAUUUUACUGGCAGUUUUGAAUUUGCUGCCAUCUAAAGUAUUUCUAGGCAUAGUAACUAUACAUCAUACGAUAGAAUUUAUUAUGUUAAAACAAACUGCUAGUAUAAGUAAAAAAAAAACUGUUGAAAGUAAAAUACAUGUCUAAAUGACAGGAUUUCUUCAUCUUUCUCUCCUGGAACUGUGUCUCACACCUUGUUGCCUUAUUUCUGAUGCAUUAAAAAAAAAAACCCUCCAGAUAGUCAUCUCAGCUGUAUAUUCUUCAGCCUACCCAAGGUCAGUGCUCAUGAAUCGUAGGAUUGUAAAUGUAUUAGCAUGUUGUUAUUUUGAUUCAAAUUUGGCUUCAGAUACAGCACAGGUGAACUGAAUAGCACAAAAAAAAGGUUGAUGGACAAAAUCAUUGGCAUCGAUCUCUUUCUCAAAGAUGUCAUGUGCACGUUAUGCAUGUACAAACUAGUAUAUAUGCUUAUAUAAUAUAAAUAUAUAUAUAUGUAUAUGGCAGGUAUACCUGGUUGCCUUGUGAAGGCUUAGAAUUCAGCAAUAAAUUUCUGAUUCUGAGAAUGCAGUCUGCAUCCCAAGCAAAGGCUCUGCUAUUUCUGCGUUGUGGGUUUCCUAAGUUUAAGACGAGUAUGCAUUUUCUUUCCUCAUGCUGGUAAGCAAGCACUUUAGACUGUCAGGAUGGACACAUAUGACAUAUAUAUUAACUACCAAACAACAAAGGAUGAGUUAAAGCAAUUGUAAAUACUGUCAGCAAAGAAUGUAAAAUAUUUGUUCAGUCAUAAGAUUUAUUAUUCCAAUGAAGCCUUAUUAACUCUCUGCUUAUAUGUACUACAAAUAUUACCAAAACCAAAUGUUUUGAUAUGCACCACUGUAUAAAUCGUUUUCUGAUUUUAGCUUUGUAUUUGUAGAGUACAUAUAGAAUCUGUGCAUGCACUGUAGCCUUUAAUGUUGUAUUUUGUAUCACCAAUGACUAUACUAUGUAGCUAGCUAUGGCAUAUUAUUUCUCAUAAGCUGCAGGAAAGCAUGGCUUCAUUUUAAAAGCAUUUAACGUGAAUAUGGUGCCUUAGGAAAGAUGUGUGAACUACACCUCCCUAACUAAGGUGGUGACAAAUUAAGUGCAGUGUACAGUUUAUACAAACUCAACAGGUUUCACAAAAGGGUGAAACAGUCCUAACCAUUUAGAAUUAUUACUCUGUACAAUUAUGUCUUACUUCCUUUAUAACAAACAAAAAGCCAUAUUUGUAACUUUUGCACAUUACUGUGAAAAACGUAAGAAUAUAUAAUAUGGCUGUAUGUAAAUAUUAUUAUGUUACUCGAUCACCAAAUUGGCAGUUCUCUCCCAGCUCUUUGACAAACACGUAUUUACCCGGUACUUAGCUUUGUAUAAGUUGCAUGCAUUUUCUUCUAUUCUGCCAGACUGUUAAAAGAAAUUGACAAAUUUCUGCUGAACUUUGUAACUAGAAAAUAGAGCUAAUAAAGCACAACAAUAACGUUU